AAACUUUUUAUCGCUUUGGACUCCACUACUCUCCUUUUGUCCUCGCCAUCCUUCCCUUGAGCUUCUUGGGAUCGCCUUUGCUCGUCCUAUCUGCAAACUUCCUACUUUCCGCGCCAUUGCUAGGCGACCGACGUCUGCUUUACGGGCUCCAACGACCAGCUGCCGACCAUGACCACCUUCGUGUGUUCGCUGUUCCUACCCUACACGGUGGACUUCAAGGAGCCAGAGAAGGCAAAGCCGUCCAGUUCCACUGCACCACCACCAACAUUGAGCGAUGUUGGCAGGCAGAGCUCCACCGCUAGCAUUCACCAGACCCCUGCCUCGGAUGAGCGCGGACCUAGUCUGCUGAGGAAGGCUCCUAGCCACAUCACGCUUCCGAAGACGCCUGCAGCGAUGAUUGAGCAGGAGGAGUACUUCACACCAACACAGCCGAGCGCAGCCACCCAUUUUCUCCGUCCGUCCGACCCGCGAAGCCUAGUCCGCAGUGAUGCACACGUACCUGAGUGGGGCGCCAGUGGACUCUUCUUCAAUCAGCCGCGUUCGAGGGCCGAGCGGCCCCCGGAUACAAUACUCGAGUACACCAAGGCGCAAGAGCGUGCGCAAGCUCGGCGGGAGCGCUCUCGCCAGCGCGCGAAAUCCCUGUACAAGAGCAAAACCGACCAUGGAGACCCUCGUUGGACAGCCGAGUACUCGGUCGUCCCAGCGGAGCAAGGCAACGGUGGUCUUUCUAAUGCCAUUCGUGCCUCAAUCGAUCACGGCACCCUCUCGGACGUCAUCACCGUUGGCCUCAUUGGCUUUCCCACCGAUGCCCUCGACGACGACAAGAAGACUGAGAUAUACGAGCGGCUCGAGGAGGAGCAUCAGGCCCUCACGGUCUAUGUCAGCGACAAAGAUUACGACGGGCACUACGUCCACUACUGCAAGACGAUCCUGUGGCCCGUCUUCCACUACGUAAUCCCCGACCAUCCAAAGAGCAAGGCGUUCCUGGACCACUCCUGGGUGUUCUACGAGAAAGUCAACCAAGCCUUUGCUGAUACGGUUGUCAAGAACUACAAGCGGGGUGACGUAAUUUGGGUCAACGACUACCAUCUUUGUCUUGUCCCGGCAAUGAUCCGAAAGAAGCUUCCAGAUGCCCAGAUUGGCUUCUUCCUACAUGCCGCCUUUCCGUCCUCUGAAGUUUUCCGCUGCUUGGCGUUCCGGAAGCAGUUGCUAGAGGGUAUGCUUGGAGCGAACCUGGUCGCCUUCCAGACGCAUGAAUACGCCCACCAUUUUCUGCAGACCUGCAGCCGCAUCCUCGCGGUUGAGGCCACCGAAGAUGGCGUACAGCUCGAGAGUCGCCUUGUCAACGUCUGGUCUUCACCAAUCGGCAUCAAUCCGAGGGCCUUAAUGCAAGCUCGAGAUGAAGACAAAGUUCGGGACUGUAUCAAGACCAUGACCGACCGCUAUAAGGGCAAGAAGGUGAUUGUUGCUCGUGAUAAGCUCGACACGAUCCGCGGCGUACGGCAGAAGCUCCUCGCGUUCGAGCUCUUCCUCAACAAGAACCCAGAGUGGAGGGACAAAGUCGUUCUCAUCCAAGUUGCGACUUCAACUCAAGAUGAUCCAGAGCUAGCGUCUACCGUGUCCGAGAUCGUUACACGAAUCGACGCAGCGCAUUCCACCCUAACCCACACCCCGCUCUUGUUCCUCCGACAGGACAUCGCGUUUGAUCAGUACCUCGGCUUGCUAUCUAUUGCAGACGCGCUGGCGAUCACGAGCUUGCGCGAGGGCAUGAACCUCACUUGUCACGAGUUCAUUAUUUGCCAGGAUGGCAUGCACUGCGACAAGAAGUACGGUCCCGUCAUCCUCAGUGAAUUCACGGGUAGCUCGUCUAUCUUUGAUGGCGCAGAGCUUGCAGUAAACCCGUGGGACUACCAGAGCAUCGCCGAUGCCUUCAAGAUCGUUCUGGAGAUGGGCGAUGAAGAGAAGGAACGACGAUAUUGGAAGAUGCGCAACAUGGUUAUGCACCAUACUGGCGAUUUCUGGAUGCGCAAUCUUACCGAGCAUCUGGCCAAGGUGUACGAUGAGCAGUUCCGCCGUGACAGCAUGUCGAUCCCGCGACUCUCGAUCCACAAGCUGAUUAAGGAUUAUGAGGCAUCCUGGAGGCGCCUGUUCAUCUUGGACUACGAGGGAACCCUCGCCUCGUACGGUUCAGUCAAGAACACGGUUCUGACCAACAUCGAGAAGGUCACAGAUGUUCUUAGCGAGCUCCUCGCUGACGAGAGGAACGCGGUGUACGUGAUGAGCGGUCGUACCGUCGAGGAACUUGAGCUGCUCUUUGGUCGGGUUCAAGGCCUCGGACUUAUGGCCGAGAAUGGGUGCUUUGUUCGAGAGGGAGGCUUGGAUGAGUGGAUUCAAUUCCCCAAUGAGGAGAAAACCGUUAAAUGGAAGGCGGCCAUCAAACAGAUCCUCCAGUACUACGUUGAGCGAGUGGAGGGUAGCUGGGUUGAAGAGCGACACUGCUCCCUCAUCUUCCACCUUGAGAAGACUGACCAGAACGACGCGCAGCGUCUUGCCGGCGAUUGCGCGAACCACAUCAACGAUGCGUCCGAGCAGCAGCGUGUCAAGGCCAUCCCGAGCAAGGACUCUGUCAUCAUUGAGCCCUCGGACUUCGACAAGGCCACCGCAGCUCAGCAUAUCUUCAACCGGUACCUUGAGGCGGAGCGUCCGGAAUUCCUCUUCGUUGCUGGCAAUGACCGCGACGAUGAGACCAUCUUCAAGUGGGCCAAGAACCUCAAGGAGAACUGGGUCAUUCGGGACGUUCAGACUGUCACCGUGGGCGCUAGAAACUCUCUCGCCAUGUCCACCCUGACGAAUGGCACUACUGGUAAGCCACACUCUCCACCCCUUUCCGUUUAAUGUCAUAUACCUAACAAGCACAACAGGCCUCUUGAGCGUCCUCAACAAGCUCUCCAAGAUUAAGGCCUAACCUUCUUCGCCCAAGCACUUGGGUUCGUUGCUCGGGUUGUACAUCAGCAUUGGAGUUUUGACACGGAAUUGAGGGUUGUUCGAGAUGCACGAUACCAUUUCACGAGUGUUUAUGAAGCAUGGGAGCAUGGGAGCAUGGGAGC